AUGUUAUAUAGUUUAUAUAGCAUUUCCGUCUGUCUGUCUCUUUCUCUCUCCUCCCCUUUCUUUCCCUUCGCUCUCUUUCUCUCUCUCUCUCUCUCUCUCUCUCUCUCUCUCUCUCUCUCUCUCUCUGAUUUUUCAAGCAGCACAUAUAGAAACGCGGCGGAGGCCACGAAUUUCGCCGAAAUUUGGGAGGGGAAAAUUAAUAAAGGGGCAAAAGCAGCGAGUGGCAUGAGGCAUCAGAAGGAAUCAUGCCCUAGAAGUAGCCAUCAAUGGGCUCCUUCCAUAUUGCAACUGGUUCAAUUUGCGUAUAGUCAUCCGAGUAUGUUGAUGGCCUCUGAUAAUAUUAUCUCUUCUGCUACCGGAAUCCAGCAAAGUGAUCCACUUGGUUCGCUACUAUUUGCGAUGACUGUUGACGGGGUGGCUCGUUUCAUUGCCUCUCCUUUUUACAUAUGGUAUCUUGACGAUGCAACGCUGGGAGGAUCCGUCGAGGCCGUGACUUCAUCUCUGCUUUAUCUCUCCUUUAACCGUGAGAUUAACUCGGAGCUGCUCUCUCUCUCUCUCUCUCUCUCUCUCUCCCUCUCCCUCUCUCUCUCCUUCUCUCUCUCCCUCUCUCCCUCUCCCUCUCUCCCUCUCUCCCUCCCUCUCCCUCUCUCUCUGGCUUACAUUAUUAUGUCUUAUAUUUAG